GGUUUGCACAAUCAAUCUUCCCAAUUUACAGAGCCAUUCAUGUGCAGAUUAGAUUUCGCAGCUCAUGCGUCUGUAUCAAAAGCAAAUAUGCCUGUAAAAGCGCUAUUGUAUAUUCUUUUCUUGAUUAUGUUGCUUCCACGAAGUACUAUCAAGACAGGAAUUUGUAUACUGUUGUGCUCUGCUCUGACGACAGUACCUGAAUCCGUGGAAGCCGCUUCGCACAAGACCUGAAGUAUCAACAGUUUUCACAGUUGAAUAAAAUUCGCGCAUGGUCUUCUUACAUAGCAUGCUCAUGUCGCCGAUGCGCUGGUUCAGCUUCCUCCCGAGUCCACUGCUCGUCGCCAAGCCCGCACCUCGUCGCCGGCUGCUCCUGCUACUCGGACUACGGGAAUCCUCUUCUCCUCGAACUAGUACUGCUCUGCUGUACCAGUACGACUCGGUUUGCUUGCUGCUUGCCAACCCAACUUGAAACUCUAUAAUGAGAUCAACGGAACCUUUCCUGCAGCGUCCGACUUCGACUCGAGUCCGCGUGACACUGGCGAUAAAUUUCCAGGGGCGCCUCCCCCUUGGCCUCCCAACACCGCCGUCUCCAUCUCGACCGUUUCCUCUCGCCGCGUUCGGAACAUCUCAAUCUUGCGUGAUGGCGGCGACCAGACGAUCCCCGCCUUGGGCAGACCUGCAGCCAGAACUUCUGGGCCUUGUCCUCAGGCGGCUCCCCUCCCUAGCUGACCGUGUCCGACUACGAGCAGUGUGCUGCCCAUGGCGUCGCGGUGCUCGGCUGGAGCCCAUGCCCCCUCCGCAGCCGUGGGUCACCCUCCUCGAUGGAACCUUCCUUAGCAUUCCAGGCGGUGAAAUCCACCGCAUGCCUGUACCAGAAGACGCUCGUGUCUGCCAUGGAUCCGUGGGCAACUGGCUCUUCCUCGAGCACGUUGGUGGUGGGUGCUCUCUGAUGAACCCUUUCUCCAAGGAUGUUGUGCAGCUUCCUACGUCAAACACCAUUAUUUGGUAUCCUGACAGGUUGGAUGCCCUCCCCAGACGUCCAAUCUUCUUCAAGCUGGUGUUGCUCUCGUCCCUGGACCCAUCACCAAAUUCCAUGUUUGCUGUACUGAGCAUUGACACCAGAGAUGAUUGCAUAAUUUCUAUUUGCCGGCCCCCGACCGCCACUGCAUUCAGAGUGCCCGAUCUUGAUUACAUCAAUGACCUUGCAUUCUUUGACGGAAAGUUGUAUGCUGUCUCACUCCAUAAUAAGCUUUUUGUCCUCGAGAUUGAUCGGAGCUAUGAAGGUAAGCCAAGAAUCCCACCCAUGAAAUGCAUAAUCGAUUCCAUUGAUGAUUCAGGGACCAUUUUUGAGGGCUAUAUGUGUACGAAGCUGCAUUACCUUGUUGAAUCUAGUGGUAGAUUGUUGCAUAUAAGACGACAGAUUGGAUUCCCGUUGGACAAUAACAGUAAGACAAACCUUGGCCAUACUCUUGCAUUUGAAGUCUUUGAAGCAGACUUGACUGCCGAUUCUUGUGGUCAAUGGAGACGGCUCAGUACGCUGGGGGACCAAGCACUCUUUGUUGGCACACACUCGAAGUUUCUCCUUGCUUCUGAAUCUGGAGUUCGGGAGGAUUGCAUCUACUUCAUACGUGACUAUGCUCGGAGAAAUUCUUUUGUAGAUCCUUUCUACGACUGCGGCAUGUUCAACAUGAAAAAUGGGAUGAUCACGCCUUUGUUGCCGGAGACUGCAUUGGUGCGGCCACAAGAUAACAAAGGGCGUCCGGCAUGGUUUUUUCCUGCUGAAGCUAUGUAA